AUGUCAGGCCGCACUCCUCUUGCCGCCCUGCCCUAUGGCAACAACAUCCAGUAUCCUGUCGUCCAGACCAACGGAGCCGCCAACUCGGAGAACCAGCCUCCUGCUCGCACCGACCUUGCUGAUACAAAGUCGGCUAACAACUCUUCGCCAGCCAUCGCUCGUGGCGACCAGAGUGCUGUUGAGUCGACCACUUCGGAUGACCAGAUCUCUUGA